GUCAAGAUUGUCAAGUUCAAGGGAUUGCGAGGUUCAUUGUACGAAACUGAGAAAUUUAAACUAAUAAAUUGAAACCUGUGUGCCUAAUAUAAACUAGAAUGAUGGAUGAAGAUUUUCCAACUGACUUCCAGGUCAUCGUGGUGGGAACGGGCAUGGUCGAGUCCAUAGUGGCUGCUGCUUGCAGUAGGAUAGGCAAGAAUGUCCUCCACAUGGACUCUAGUGAUCAUUAUGGAGGACUCUGGGCUUCAUAUAAUUUUGAGGGCCUACAGAAGUUCAUAAAAGAAGUGAACAGUGAUCCUGAUAGACAAAAACAAGUGUACAACUUAUCUGAAAAAUGGUUUAUUGAAAAGGAAUCUGCACAAGGCGAAACAACUGAUGAAAACAAAGGUGAACCAAGAAAAGUAUGGAGCCAAGCCGAUUUUGCAGCGGAGUAUCGGAAAUUUAACAUCGAUACAACUCCAAAGCUGUUGUUCUCUCGCGGGCCCCUUGUCGAGCUUCUGAUCUCAUCGAACAUCGCGCGCUACGCUGAGUUCCGAUGCGUGACCCGCGUCCUGACCUGGCUCAACGAUCAGCUGAUGCCGGUUCCUUGCUCCCGAGCCGACGUAUUCGCCACCGAAGCGGUCGGUAUCGUCGAGAAGAGGAUGCUCAUGAAAAUGCUGACAUCGAUUGUCGGUUACAGUGAAGAGGAGAUGAACAAUGAGUUUAAAGACUGGAACAACAAGACAUUGAAGGAAUACUUGACUCACAAGGGCUUGACCCCGAACCUCAUUCACUACAUACUGUACGCGAUCGCUGGCGGGAACAACAGCUUGCCCUGCCUCGAAGGUGUCAAGGAAUGCAAGAAGUUCCUCAUGAGCCUCGGAAGAUAUGGCAACACUCCAUUCUUGUGGCCCAUGUAUGGAAGCGGAGAAUUGCCGCAAUGCUUCUGCAGGCUCUGUGCAGUUUUCGGCGGGGUCUACUGCCUGAAUCGGCCCAUCGAUAAAGUCGAAACGAAAACCGUUGAUGAAGGAAAAACCGUCGUCACCAUCGAUAGCAAGUCGAAGAAGCUUAACUGCGAUCACCUGGUCAUCGGCGUCCACGAGUGCCCCGAGGAGCUGAUGUCUUCGGAACCGGCUGAGAGCUGCGACAUCUCCAAGGCGGUGUUCGUCACCAACGGCACCAUCAUGGCCAGCGAGAAGGAACCGCUCACGUUGCUCCGCUUCCCGCCGCUGGCUGACGACGACAAUGCCGUCACCGUGCUAGAAGUGGGCCCCGCUACCGGAUCCUGCCCUAAGGGAUUGUUCGUGGUUUAUUUCAUAACGAAGAAAACCAAAGACGCGGAGAGCGAUCUCAAACCGUACGCAGAGCGAAUCUUCGAUAUGUCCGGGGGCGACCAGACCGCGGCCGCGGAUAAGCCGAAGUGCCUGUGGUCGCUGUUCUACAACGUGAAGGACACGAGCUCGCCGGUGUCGAGCGUGGUGGACAACGUGCACGUCUGCUCCGGGCCCGACGCCGGACUGGACUUCGACAGAGCCGUCGAACAGGCUGAGCAAAUCUUCAAGAAGAUUUGUCCGGGGGAGGAGUUUCUGCCGCGGGCGCCCAACCCCGAGGAGAUAGUGUUCGAGGAUGACGUCACCCACGGACCCGAAUUCCAACGGGAACAAGACGAAGAAGCCGAACCGAAGGAGUAGGCACGUUUUAUAAUUCUAGCGUUAUGUAAUCAAGUCGAGACGCUUCGACUCGUGCGACUAUAAUAUGUAAACAACACCUCAAUAAUUCGGGAAACGAAUGCGGGUGGUCCGCAUUAACUUAUCAAAUUACCGUUCGCUUGUGAGUUCAUGUCACAAUCACCUUUUGCAUUCCAUUGCGUUUUAGAAAUGUUCGCUUAGACUGUCCCGUCGUUUCUAGGAUUAUAACGCGUUCGAACGUUCUCGAAUCUAGUAUGAUAAUAAUCUCGGUAAGAUAUAUACGCUUUGGUCGCUUGACUUCGUGCAUUCCGACUGGUGCGAGUUUGUGGGGAUGUCGAUAUCGGGUCGCAGAUCAUGUUCCUUCGUCGGGGGGCUCAUGUUGGAUCACGUUGCUCAUAAGCGAAGUCCGUCAAAUAAUCGGUUUGAUAAUUUCUCAUUCUGAAUGCGAUUUCUUAGAAUUGAAAUGGUAACAAUUUUCGAACAUAUCAGUGUGUUAUGAUCUGCACCCGUUAGCGAUUAACGGCUUGGUUGUCUUGAGCGAGUCAGCAAGAUCGACUUUAGCAAUGUUAAAUUAUGUAUUUUUUUUUUGUCGAAAUCCCUUUUAAAUCCUCCGACACGAUAUAUGUAUUCAAUGACCGGAGAAAUUGUCUUUAGGUAUAAAUUUAUUUUUAACGGCGACAAUUGUGGAUGCUCUCUCGGAAUGAUUCUUGUUUUGGUUAACUCUGUCGCUGUUCGUAUGAAUCGAAAGUAUUAUUUGAAAUUAGUGAUAUGUAUGUGCAAUGUGUCUUCGUUAGUUAGCCGGAACGCAGUUCUAGUGUUUCUAAAGUAUCGGACGCACCAGUCAUAAUUAUUAUAGAUAGUACCUAGCACAUAUUAAUUUUUGUUUAUUUAAGUUAUAUUUAGCACAUCUACGAAUAUUUAUUAAUCAAAUGAGAAUAAACAUGCCUUUGCAGCUUAUGCAUUUAUGUAAUAAAUUGUGAUUAUUAUUAGAA